AUGUGGUUAUAUUCCGGAAUUGUGGAGCAAAUUUUAAGGAAAGACAUUGGUGAUAGUGUAUUGAGACCUAUUUUGUUAAGUUCAUCGAUUAGAGCUGAGUGUGGUACAGCAGCGGCUUCCUUAAAAACUUCGACGACAACAACAACACCAACUACUGAUAAGGAAGGCGUUAAAGUUGCCAAAAAAACAGACAAAAAAUCUUCGGCUAAAGGAGGAGUCGCCGCCGCCGCUUCCAAUACAGCCAGUGCCGCAUCAUCCGAAAUUAAAACGAAGAAUCCUACUAAAGCAAAAAAAUCCAAUAAAGGCAGUCCCACGAAAAAGCCGAAAGCACCAAAACCGACAACUGCGAAAGCAGCUGUUAGCAGCUCCUCUCCUAAAAUCGAUGUAAUGUAG